AUGAAGUUCUCAGUGACUCUUGCUGUUUUUACUGGAUUCGUCGCGGCUGGUCCCGUGGCGAGGAGAGCUCCGGCAAAAUCUACCGGCCGCAACUAUGAAUUGUCCAAAACGAAGAGAGCCUUCGGCGACUUUGGCGGCAGCUCUGGUCGAGGUUCUCAGGGAGGCUUCGGCGGUGCCGUCCCGGAGACUGACCCGGAUGCCUUUCUCAGCCCCUUCACUGGCCUUGGCGACCCCUCGACCUUGCGCCCAGUGGGACAGAAGAGACAAGACUUCCCCCAAGGCCUGCUUGGACCAGACUUUGAUGACGACGAGUUCUCGAGCUCCCAGGGAGGCUUCGGCGGUGCCGUCCCGGAGACUGACCCGGACGCCUUUCUCAGCCCCUUCACUGGCCUUGGCGACCCCUCGACCUUGCGUCCAGUGGGACAGAAGAGACAAGACUUCCCUCAAGGCCUGCUUGGACCGGACUUUAAUGACGAUGAUUUCCAGGUUAACGACCUUCUUCCUUUUGACCGGCCGCAGGGACAGGACCCCGAGGAAGUUUUACACCAGAAUGGACUUGUCGACCCUUCGAAGCUUCCUCCGUUGACUGAUGAGCAGAGCGCGAGGCUUGCCUCUCUUGGCCUGGCCCGCCAUUAG